AAUCAUCCACUUAUCAAUUACGGCUAUUCGUCACCAUUUCGAUCGUGUGAAUAUAAACCAUUCGUUCGGAUUAAAUAUCUUCAGUCCAAUUUUAAUUAAUCUUGAAACAUGAAGUCGUUCACGGUCUUACAGAUUGUUGCCCUAAUUGCAGGAACCAUGGCUUAUCCAAACAUGGAGCCCGUUAAAAAUGGAGGGAGACCAUCGGGCAUCCUAGUGGACGAGGACGCCGUCCCAGUCGUGAACGUCACAACUUGCGGCGGAUAUAUCAACUCGUCCUCAGCCACUAUCAGUUACCAACCCGGCGCAUCCAUCAGAGCUGAUCAAGUGUGCGUUUGGGUCGUAAAGGCACCAUACGACUCGAUUCGGUUUCACCUCGUCUCAACAGGGCUGGGCGAAAAUGAUGGGCUUUAUUUGACCCGAUUUAUUAAUUUAAUUCCAGGAUUUCAAUAUAACAUUUCAACGAUUGGAGAGAAUUAUACAUACACAGCUGGACCAGUUUUAGUCACAUUGAGCGUUGGACACGCCCCGACGCGAGGGUUUACUCUACAAUUUUUCUCGAGCGGACUGGCUGACGUUUCCACGCCAGAUUAUACUGGCUACACGAGCCUUACUUUGAACAAUGGGAAUUUUUCAUACCCUGCUGACGGCUCGAAUUACAGGAAUAAUGAGAGAGCAUUCUUUCUCGUCAAUCCAACCGUCCCUUCCAUAAGGACGUUGAGAUUUACUCGUAUGGACCUUGAGAGCGCGUCGGGAUGCACGUACGACGCGGUUGUAAUUUACAACUGGUACGAAAAUCGGUACAACCAGAUAACAAGGGUAUGCGGAACACAACUGCCUCCGGUGUUAACGCUGGAGUCGGGGUUGGGACUGGUCACUUUCGAAACUGAUUCGAGUGUGGUGCAAACUGGGUUCAGCUUCGAAUGGUUGUAAAAUAGGCGGGUUAAAUUGAUUGAUUGUGUACUAUGAAAAUUGGAAUAAACAAGUAUUUACAGAUA